AGUCGCUCUCUUAUCAGUUAUCUGUGAUCUGAUCUAUCUCUCGUUUUGCUGUCAUCGUACACCCCCUUCCUCGUGCCAUUUCGCUCACUUUGCACGCCGCCUGUGUCGCGCUGCUAUACCCUCAUUUCACCGUCGCGAAUUCAGUACGAGUCUACUCUCCCGCAAAUCAGUGUCUGGAACACUUCGCACGCGGUUGACUUUCAUUUAACCCUCGAAAUCCACUCAUAUACUUCCUCCCCCCAACCAUCACGAUGUACUCUCUCGCCUUCCUUUCCCUCGCUCUCCUCUCCCUUCUCCCAACCUCCCUCGCUCAAACCCAUACGAAUUGUGACCCUCUCACACGGACCGAUUGUCCUGUGCAUACAGCGCUGGGGACCAACGCGACCUUCGAUUUUCAGAAGCACCAAGCGGACGAUAAAGUCUGGAACACCACCAACGGGAAGGUGAAUUUCACCCCCGACGGAGCCCAGUUCACCAUCAAAGAGCGGCUGGAAUCCCCCACCAUGCAAUCGACGUUUUACAUCUUAUUUGGUCGUGUGUCGUCUAUUGUCCGGGCCGCCCCCGGCCAGGGAAUUAUCAGUUCGGUGGUCAUCCAGGCGGAAACAUUGGAUGAGAUCGACUGGGAAUGGCUCGGCUCCAACACGACCAGCGUGCAGAGCAAUUACUACGGCAAGGGCGACGAAUCUUAUGGGGGCCGCGGCGGUAUCCAUGAUAUGGUUGACCCGACGGCCGACUAUCACAACUACACCACCGUCUGGACCAAGGAAAAGCUCGAAUGGUGGCUCGACGGCAACAUCAUCCGCACUUUGAAGUACGAGGAUGCAAAAGACGGUACUCGCUUUCCCCAGACCCCCUCUACCGUCCGUAUUGGCAUCUGGCCGGCCGGCGACCUGCAGAACCCCGAUGGCGUCCGAGAAUGGGCCGGCGGCGAUGUCGACUACAGCAAAGGGCCUUUCACCAUGACUGUCCGGUCCGUCUACGUCGAGGACUUCACCUCCGGCGCCACGUACGCAUACGGCGACACCUCCGGCAACUGGCAGUCCAUCAUCGUCACCCAGGGAGAGUCCGAGGCCGCCAAGGAGAUCUACACGCCCCAUGGCGUCUCCGGCCGCUGGAAUGCCCUGCCGAAGACCACGCGCAUCGCCAUCAUCGCCAGCAGUUUAGGCGGCCUGGCCCUCGUGCUGCUCGCCAUGACGUGGUGCUGCAUCCGGCAGCGCCGCGCCGGGAAGAAGGAGCGCAUCAUCGCUGACGCCGAGUUCGCCAAGGGCGAGAACGAGCUGAUGGAUUAUCGGCGGCACAUGCAGAACGGUGGGUUCGCGAUGCAGGGGGGCGUCGGCCACGCUCCGCCGCAGCCCGUGUAUCAUCUACCGAAUAAUCGAUUCUGACGAACCGGAGAAUCUACGCGUGGAGCUAUGUGGUGAUGGACGAUUUUACUAACGUUGGAUAUUCUUUGGGUUGGUGGGUGUGGAUCUGGAGUUAAAUGAUCUAGACUCGAUCUAGGAGACGGUCGAUCGCAGCCUCUUAUUUUUGAAUGCGCAUUCAGCGCAUUUGUCUUUUCUUCCGAUUUUCGUACAAGCCUCCGCCCUCCGCGAGCGUUUGUCACUUAUUCUU